ACAUCUCUCCGUGAAGAACCAGGCGCCGCUCCGGGACGAAGCAGCCCCCUCCAUCGCUCCCCAGUCCCCAAUCGCCUGCCGCUAGAGAGCAUGGACACUCAGGUCAAGCUUGCGGUCGUGGUCAAGGUGAUGGGCCGCACCGGCUCCAGGGGUCAGGUGACCCAGGUCAGGGUGAAGUUCUUGGAUGACCAGAACCGUCUCAUCAUGAGGAACGUCAAGGGCCCCGUCCGUGAGGGCGACAUCCUCACCCUGCUUGAGUCUGAGCGGGAGGCCAGGAGGCUGCGCUGAGCGGUUGUUUUUCCUGUCUUCGGAAGUAAAAUGCUGUUGGUGUCGUACUGUACUGCUUUUGAAUCAAGUUCUUGAACAUUGGUUUCGACCUUCGCGUAGGCUAUGAGCUGUAAUGAGGUUGGUUUUCCUGUCUUCGGAAGUAAUAUGAUGUCUUCUGGUACUGCUUUUGAAUCGUGUUCUUGACCAUUAUUUUCAUCUUUCGUGUGGGCUAUGGAGGUGUAAUGAUUAGUACUUCACUGUUGCAGUUUUGUUAUGUUGCCUAAAUUAAUUGGCAAUAUGGUUUUGAGGCCUGAUCA